AUGGAAGGAAUUGAUGAAGAUUUAAGUAUUGAAAGUGUACUUGUUAUAGUGUUUGGGAAAAUAUUUAUUCAUUAUUGUAUUCAAGAUUACAGUAGGGAAUUAUCACAUUUAGUAUGGUUUAUUUUUAAAAUGGUUUAUAAUAGUUGCUAUUCUGAUAAUAGUAGUAAAUUUAAAAAAUUUGUUAUUAUUCACUUGGUUGUUUCUAUUAUUCACCUUGCAUAUGAUAUUUAUAUUUAUUUAAGUUUACCAGAAGAUGGCCAAUUGCAACACAUUCUUAUUCAUUUACCAUCAAUUUUACAUGAUUUUCAUCUGAUAUUUAAUAAUACUAGUGAUCAACUAAAAGAAACAGAAAAAUUAAAAGAAAUAUAA